GAUAAACCCGUGUUUCACUUGGACUUCAAUCAAAGUUUGGGGAGGAGGAGGAUAACACAAUUUCAGAAUGUAUGGUAGACGCAGGUUCUAGUUUACUUCUUGAUGCUGUAGAGACUCCUCUGAACGCAGAGGUCAUUAGGAAAGAUGCACAACCUACUUUUCUUUACAAAGUAGAUAGGGGUAAGCAGUUAGAUCCUGCCCAAGGCCUAGAAGACAACCACCAACCCUAUACAAUCCUCUACCCCCCGCUGCCAAGAUUAAAUCUUUCUCCUUUUGCCAACGAAUUCAUUCUGACUAUGCCCAAUUCCUUUGCAGCACUUUUAAACCAAGGAGAUGCCACUGAAACAUCAUUGGAUCCACUCUCUUCAGAUGACCCUUUGGCAAAUAUAGAUGGAAGGAAUAUGGCACUCUCCAACAAUGCCAUUGAGGAUUUGCCACAAGAAAGAGAUGAGCCUAUCCUUUACACACACUCGGAUGGAGAGGACAAAGCCUUUAUAGAUUAUAAACUUAAACCCCUCCAAAUCGACAUUUUUAGGUGCUCUAAGACACCAUUAUAUCUGGGAAGGGUGUUGAAAGGUCGGAAAACUUUCUCUCCAUCUCAAAUGGUCACAAGAAGUAAAGCUAGGCUGCUUACUAAAGGUAGGAAAAAUAAUCCUUUGGGCUUGUUAGAUGAAUCUGAUGGCUCAGCCAAUUCCUUCGCUAAUGAGAUUAUUGAAGCCUUCAAACUAAGUUGUCCGGUUCUUAAGGAGACUGCUCCUAAAACCCCCCAUCAUCCCAUUACCCGAAGCAAGAAAAGGAAAGCAAUAAAGAAGGCUAAGCUUGCUAAGGCUGCUCUCUUGGUUGAGGAUAUUCAGCUUUCUAAUCUAUGGUGGUCUAAUAUCUCCUGGCGUUGGUCCAUUAAAGGGCUCAUCAUCUCCAUCUCCAAAUGGACACCAUCCUACUCGCCAGCCAAGGAAUUUCCAAUCUUUCCGGUCUGGGUUAAACUUAACCUGUUCCCUGCUCACCUAAACGACCACGCAGCAUUAUACCAGGUUGCUUCACUUCUUGGUAAGCCUAUUAAUGUGGAUUCCAACACUUCCAUUGGAGUCUAUCCGUCUAAGCCUAGAUUUUGUGUUGAAAGAGAUCUUUCUCUACCAUUUCCUGACCGAAUUCACAUCCGUCUUGGGAGCAAAGACAUUUGGAUUCCUUGUGGGUUUGAAAACCCCCCAACUUACUGCUCUUGUUGCGCUAUAUUUGGUCACACCACUUCAGCUUGCCGGAAAAGAAGUGGUCUGAACCUCACCGGAGUUGCUCCAUUUAGUGAGGUGGGGCACUUUGGAGCGGGGAAAUCUAGGGAUCUUUCAGUUUGGAAAGAGGAAUGCUGGACCAAAAUGCCUACUGUUGGCGGUAUGCAUGGACUUGUAGCCAAACUCAAGGGUCUCAAAUCCUGUCUCAAGGCUUGGAACAAGGAUGAGUUUGGUCAUAUUUUCGAUAACCUCAAGAAUGCUGAAAUUUAUGCCACUACCACCCAGCAGCUAUACGAAGAUAACCCAACGGAGGCCAACCGUGUAACAGCCCAGGAAGCUAACGCCAGGUUGCUCCUUGCUAGCCACAAAGAAGUUGUCUUUUGGAAGCAAAAAGCAAAUGCCAAAUGGCUAGAACAUGGGGAUAUGAAUUCCAAGGUCUUCCAUGCUUUCGCCAAUGGCAAGAGAAGGAAGCUUGCUAUCAAUCAUAUCAUUUCUCCUUCUGGUAUUGGGCUCUCAGACAGUUCCCAGAUUCGUGAUGCGGCAAUAACCCAUUUUUCCAAACAGUUCCUAGCCCCUGCCAAACCACCCCCCUUGCACAACCUAUCCCAUUUACCUUCCCUCCUUUCAGACGAGGACAACACCAUGCUUACUGCCCUCCCCACCUUGGAGGAGGUCAAAAAUGCUAUUUGGAAUCUGGACAGCAACAGUGCCUCAGGACCUGACAGCUACAACGGGGUUUUCUUUAGAACCACUUGGGAUAUCAUCAAGGAAGAUAUGCUUAAAGCCUCCCAAGAGUUCUUCUUAGGGUUCUCCAUCCCCCAUGCUUUUGGAAGCACCCUUAUUACUUUAAUCCCUAAGAAAGAUUGCCCCAAAAGCUUCGACGACUACAGGCCCAUUUCUUUGAGUACUUUUAUGAGCAAAGUUAAUACAAAGAUUUUAGCUUGCAGGUUAAAAAUAAUCCUCCCCAAGAUUAUCUCCAACAAUCAAGCGGCGUUUCAAAAAGGGAAGUGCAUGUCUGACCACAUUCUCCUUGCUAUGGAAGCUUUGCACAACUUGAACAGGAAAACGUUUGGAGGAAACGUCAUCAUUAAAAUUGACAUGGCCAAGGCGUUUGACACCCUACGGUGGGACUACCUGGAGGCGGUUCUUCUUCGGUUCGGUUUUAGCAACAAAGCUACUAGCCUUCUCAUGGCUAACCUAAAAGGCAGUAUGCUCUCAGUCCUCAUUAACGGGCAACCUGCGGGCUACUUUCCCAUGACUAGGGGUGUCAAGCAAGGCGACCCUCUUUCGCCUCUUCUUUUCAUUAUUGCAAGUGAAGGUUUGUCUCGGCUACUUAACAGAAGCAUGGAUGAAUCCCAUAUCCAGCUUUACAACAUGGGAAGUGUGAAGUUUAUAGGGCACCUCACCUAUGCUGAUGACAUAAUGAUCUUUAUUAAAGGUGACUCCAUCAAUCUACUCAAACCCAGGAAGCUGCUGGAUGAAUACUCUUCAGAUUCUGGUCAGGUCAUUAAUUCAGCCAAGAGCAAGUUCUACGUCAAAGAAACCACAAACAGUACCCACCUGCAGAACAUGGAGAAAAUCCUGGGCAUGCAUUUAGGAACCUUACCCUUCACCUACCUUGGAGCUAUCAUCUGCAAAGGGAAACUUAAAAAACACCACUGUGGCAGCCUGAUGGAUCACUUUGACAAGCAUAUUCACUCGUGGUAUAGCAAAACACUGAACCAAAUGGGACGUCUGAUUCUCAUCAAGCAUGUUCUCUCGUCCAUCCCACUACAUAUUCUAGCCGUGCACUCCCUCCCGGUGGCAGUCAUCAAUCUUCUUCAUACUAGGAUGGCCAAUUUCUUUUGGGGAAGAAGGCACAACAACCAACUACACCACUGGAAGAGCUGGAAACAUCUCUGUCAACCCUCAAGCGCUGGUGGGCUGGAUAUUAAGGAUCUUCAAACACUUCAACAGAACCAAUCGAUCAAGCUUUGGUGGCGGGUGAAUCAUGAUACGGGUGUCUGGGCUAACACCAUGCGAGCCAUCUACAUGCGCAAGGGCACAAUCAAAGAGAAGCUCACUGAUUCCACGCCAUGGAAGAGAAUUUGCCGGGUUCACUCCUUCACUAUCAGUCACGUUAUUGAUUCUGUGCAUCCCCCACUUUGGGAUGGGAAACCGUUCUCCUCCAAGAAUACCCUCCUUUCUCUCUAUGGCGUAUUACCUUCCCGACUUUCCUGCAAGUACAUUUGGCAUAAGGCCCAAACUCCUAAACUCCGCAUCUUCCAAUGGAAAGCAUUCAUGUGCUGCCUACCCUUCCCUGAUUUAACGAAGCGCUUCAGCUCCUGUCUCCCCAGCCAAUGUCCGCUAUGCAAGCAAGCAGAAGAUUCCAUAGAUCAUACUCUCGGAAAUUGCAGGUUUGAUUACCAGGUCUGGAAGUACUUUGGCAAUCUCAUCGAUGCUCCCAUGUCAGCUCCCAACCUCAAACUUAGCCAAAUUUUCAUCAGUUGGUGGUUCUCAGGUGAUACGUUCUCCUUCAAAGGGAUUCUACGAGUCAUUAUGCCCGGUGUCAUCGCUUGGCACCUCUUGAAGGCAAGGAACUUAGCAAUUCAUGAAGGCCAUAUCCACACCAAGGAGGGGAGACCAUUUCGUACAGACACUGCAACUGAAAACCUUACUAGGCCUUCUGUGGCUCGGGUUUGUGUCGAACUCAACCUCUCUAAAGAGAUACCAAAGGCUAUAUGGGUACACCUGGGCAAACUAUCUUUUUUCCAACCUAUUUUUUAUGAAGACCUGCCACAUUUCUGUUCAUGUUGCAAACAAUUUGGACACACAAAUUGCAAAGAGGGGGUACGAUCCUCUAGAUGGACUCGUAGAGAUGCGAAAACCUAUAUGAAUGCCCAAGGUCUUAGCCAACCUAAGGCUCCUCAACCCCUGCAACAAAACACCAAAGUAGAACAACUUGCCUCUUAUACCCAAAUGACAGAUUCCAAGGAAGCUUUUAGUGAUGCUGAAAUGAUGAUGACUCUUGAUAAACAACAAACAUCCGUCCCCAUGAUGGCACUUCCAAAGGAUAGCAAUACACCAAUGGUCACCCCUGCACCAAUGGACACUUCCACUUCUCAUACACCUCAUGUUACUGCUUGUAGGCAGUACCCAUCUGAAGAUGUGGCUGGCUUAAGACAAGUAGAUGAGCAAGCAGAAGCUGAAGGUAUUACAAACUGCCUUGACUUCAACGCUACUAAAGACACCAAUGAUGAGCACCCAACCCCUGUUCCCGAAGAGGGUUCUGUGGCAGUACAACAUGAAACGGAAAUCAUGACUAAGGAAGCAGAUUUGGAUCAUACACAUGAACAAUCAAUUGAGGAUAGCAUGGAUGGUAUGACUGCACAAAAGGCUAACUGUGUAGGAAAUGCAAUCAACCUAGAUGAAUUUCCGGUACUCACAAGGAAUUUGCAGGAGGAUGUACAGACUCCAAUCGAGAAUAUGGAGGCAGCUCUACUCACUCCAACCGAGAUAGAAAAGGAUGACACAACAGGGACUCAAACUCUGAUGGCGGAAGAUACAACAAUGGAAAACACAACACCAAACAACUCAGAUGUCAACCCUGCCAACUUUGGACCGAUCCUCCAUUCUUUUGAGCAUGAAGGUCAACAUUAUGAAAUUAGGUCUUGCAUUGAGGAAGGACAAACGUCAAACCACAAUGAUGAAAACCUCACAACUCAUGAAUUCCAAGAAGUCCAGAAUAGAAGAAGUAAAAAGAAGCAACCUUUGCCAAGGACCAUCAAAACCAGAAGCUAUGAUCCUAAUCUCGAAGUCGGGACUGUUAGCGAGAUCACGAGAUACUGGCCCAGUCGCAAAUCUACUACUAUGGAAAAAAUAGUUACUACCAAAAGUUAUUCUGGACCUUUUUGGUAUGUUGGGCCCGUUGGACCAAUUGGAACUGAUGGGAAAAGACCGAAGAAAAUAAUGCCCAGAAAUCUCUCUCUCGAUCAACACCCGAGUUUUAUAAUCUGGGAAUGAUCUUUUUCACUCUGAUUUCAUUCAAUUUCCCUUUUUUUUCAGUUGAUUUUUCCUUUCUUGCAAUUUUAGAGGGGCAUUGGCCUAGUCCUCCCUUCUUUGUACUUUUUUUCUGCUUUCUAAUAAAAUAUCUCCUUUCAA